AUGGACCCCAAUGAAAUGCCUGCUGUCCACCACUGCCCUUCAGACUCUGCCACAGGGGUUGAAACCAGAGCCCCCCAGGGCAUGGAACUUAUCCCCAGGAGAGCUGUCAGUCGCUCUCCAACCUGUGCCCGUUGCCGCAACCACGGUGUCACUGCCCACCUCAAGGGCCACAAGCGCUUGUGCCUCUUUCAGGCAUGCGAGUGUCACAAAUGUGUCCUCAUCUUGGAGCGCCGAAGGGUCAUGGCUGCCCAGGUGGCCUUGCGUAGGCAGCAGGAGGCACAGUUAAAGAGGCACCUAGCCCAGGGACUCAUGAGAGGGGCAGCUCCUCCCAAAGCUCCCAGCCGUGUCAAGAAGGGAGUCACUCGACCAGGGGUCCACUCUGGAAAGGAGAACAUAGCACCCCAGCCUCAGACUCCCCAUCAUGUAGUUCCACUGGCACUGACACCUCCUGGAAAGGAGAACUCUCGGGGCCCUCUGCUGCUCAGUCGUCCCCCAGAAGCCUUGCCCUUGCCCUGGACUCCAAUGCCUCCAGGCCCUUGGGCCCCUGGGCACUGGCUGCCUCCAGGCCUUUCCAUGCCAACCCCAGUGGUGUGCCGCUUGCUGUGCCAAGAACCUGCUGUCCCACUGCAUCCUUUCCCUGGUUUUGACCCUGGCACUGCCCUCCGGCUGCCCACUCAUGGGCCUCUCCCAGCCUGCACAGGAUCUCACCCAAUACUGACAGCUCCUCUUUCUGGAGAAUCCCAAGGGCCUUCUACCCUGCCCCGCACAUGCUCAACUCUGAUACUCCAGCCCUGUGGCACCCCAGACCCUCUUCUGCUACAGCCACAGGCCCCCGGACCCUCUCGCCUGACCUGGACCUCUGCCUCAUCAGAGCGGCAGCUGCAGCGGGAGGCAGCUGAGGCUCUUGUGGGACUGAAAGAUUCAUCUCAGGCUCCCCGCCUGACUCCUGGCCCUGCCAACCCUGCCUGGAUCUCCCUGCUCCAUCCUUGUGGCCCACCAGCUCCUGCUGGAGGAAGAGGAUUCCAACCUGUUGGGCCCUCUCUCCGGCCCAGCCCAGCCCCUUCCGUGGCUCUGCAUAUUGGGCGACUGGGGUCCAUUUCCCUCCUAAGCUAG